AUGUUUUUGUUUGCUUUGUUUUCUCUUGCUGUUCAAGUUCAAGGAAAAGAAAAUUCGCCAAAAGCGUCAUACAAUGGCUAUGACGUAUUCGUCGAAUCACGUGACCAAUGCUCUGAAAAGAAAGAGUUCUUUUGCAAUGAAAGCGAUUCUUCACGGAUUUGUGGGGAAUGGAACUGUCCUAAUGGUAUUUCUGAAUUUUCCAGCUGCACUGCUUUUGCGCGGAGUUUCAGCGAAUCCGAGACAAAAGAAUAUCAAAGGACGUGUUACUGUCAUACAAAUGUGGGACCAUUCAAUGUCUUCACCGGAUGCAAGUGGAAGACGGAAGAGAUCGAGUCGACGACUCCCAAACCAAAAACGACAAAAUCCACAACGCAAAACACAACAAGAUCAAAAAGCAACAAAAAAGAUUGCGUUAUUUCUCCCGGAAAAGCAACAGUCACAUGCUCGUCCGAAGGCGUCUCGAUUUUGAUCGACAAAUGCGUUGUCCCCGACGUUGCUAAAGCCGCAAUCCACCUUAAUGAUGAGAACUGUCUUGCAGUCGAUGGAGAUGAUGAUAAAUGGGAAAUCAUAAAAGCCCCAGCUUCAAUUCCGGACACCAGCUUCGUCGUUAAAACAUGCACAGUAGAAGAUGAGGCUUUGACUGAUACCAGUCUCGCUCUUGUUGAAGAUAAGUGUCCCCUCGAAAAUGGACUGAAUUUCGUCUGGGGAGAAAAAACAACAUCUGAUUUGAAAUUCUCCUUCACAAUUUUUAUAUUUCCCCAGAGCGCAGAUUCGGCAAAGAUGACGAUAUCAUGCAACAUCGACUUUUGCAAGGCGGAUGACCCAAAUUGCCUUGCUGAUUGCUCUGCAUCAGAUGAGGAUAGUGGCCCGAGAAAUUCCAUUCUCGUUCUUCGUAACUCGGUCUUGGACGCAUAUGUGAUUUCUCGAGAAGGAAAUUCAAAAGUCUCUGCAAAAAUCACAGCUCCAGUUGGGAAUUAUCCUAAAGAUGCUCAGCAUGCGCUCAUUGGAAAUAAACUUUAUAUCUUUGGUGGAAUAUCGGACAAAAGAAAGAUUGCUGUUCUUGAAAAUUGCGCUUUUGGAGAAAAAUCGGCGAAGCUUUUGAAUGACAUAGACAACGGAAGCGCUGCUCUUUCUAUUGACGGCAAUUCGCGAGUCUUGAUCUGCUUCGCUAAUGGUGAAAAUAAGAACCACUGCGAAAUUUAUGAUGGAUCGAGUUCAACGUCCGCGACCUCCUCGAAUUACGGGCAUGCAUUUGGAAAACUUGGGAUGUAUAAAAAUCAACCGACCACUGUUGGUUCUAGUUACGACACGGAAAAAGGGGAAACACUAACAAACAAUGAAUGGAGGGUGAUUGGAGAUCCACCAAUAAGUGGUCGUUUUUGGGGUCAUGUCUUGGUCGGGCUUGAAAGCGGAAAUCUACUCAUGCUUGGUGGCUGGACUGAUGGAAAUGUUAUAUUGGAUCAUGUCUGGCUUCUCUCAAACGACUCCUGGUCGCGAACUGGAACUUUGAAAAGCGCUAUGUACGUGCAUUCGUCUCUAAAAAUCAACGAUUCGAUUUUCCUGAUCCCCGGUUAUGGAGAACCAAAUCACUCUCUUGAAAGAAUCGACAUGGAGGGAGACGAAAUAAAAAGCUCCGAAAUAAUUGGCACUCAUAGCAAUAGCCAAGUUGUGCCAGUCUUGUUUCCAGUCUCCGCAGGAUUCUGCGCUUAA